GCAGGGAGUUUGGAAGCAGCCAGCGCGCGCACAGAUCUGCAGUCAGAAGCCAGCAGCUCAGGCGCCUGGUCCCCCUGCUCUGACACAGCUCUGUAUGACUGUCACCAAGAUGUCAUGGCGCCCACAGUACCGAAGCUCUAAAUUCCGAAAUGUGUACGGCAAGGUUGCAAGCCGAGAGAACUGUUAUGAAUGUAUCCCAAUUACCAAGAAUGUGCAUGAUAACCCCUUCUGUGCUGUCAACACCAAGUUCCUAGCAAUCGUCACCGAGAGUGCAGGAGGGGGCUCAUUCCUUGUUAUCCCCCUUCAUCAGACUGGACGCAUUGAGUUCAAUCAUCCCAAGGUGUGUGGGCACCAGGGCACAGUGCUGGAUAUUAAAUGGAACCCCUUCCUUGAGAAUGUCAUCGCCUCCUGCUCCGAGGACACUUCGGUGAGGAUAUGGGACAUUCCAGACGGAGGUCUCAAGAGGAACAUGACUGAGGCAGUACUGGAGCUCUAUGGACACAGCCGAAGGGUGGGACUCAUAGAAUGGCAUCCUACAGCUAACAAUAUACUGUUCAGUGCUGGAUAUGACUACAAGAUAUUGAUAUGGAAUCUGGAAGAAGGGGAAGCAGUGAAGAUGAUAGACUGCCACACAGACGUCAUCCUCUGUAUGUCGUUUAACACGGAUGGAAGUCUACUGGCUACAACCUGCAAAGACAAGAAAUUGCGUGUGCUGGAACCUCGUUCAGGACGGGUGGUGCAGACAGCAAGCUGUAAAAACCACAGGAUGACACGUGUUGUGUUCCUGGGAGACAUGAAACGUCUGCUAACAACAGGCGUCUCCAGGUGGAACACCCGGCAGCUAGCAUUGUGGGACCAGGAGGACCUGUCAAUGCUAUUGGUUGAGGAGGAGAUAGAUGGGCUUUCUGGACUGCUCUUUCCCUUUUAUGAUGCCGACACACACAUGCUGUAUCUGGCUGGGAAGGGAGACGGGAAUAUACGGUAUUAUGAAAUAACAGUGGAAAAACCGUUCCUGACAUACCUCAUGGAGUUCCGUUCUGCUGCACCUCAGAAAGGCUUUGGGGUGAUGCCAAAACAUGGAUUAGAUGUGUCCGCAUGUGAGGUAUUCCGCUUUUACAAGCUCGUCACUAUGAAGAACCUAAUAGAACCAAUAUCUAUGAUAGUUCCAAGACGGUCAGAAACUUACCAGGAGGACAUUUAUCCUAUGACACCAGGAAUGGAACCUGCACUAAGUCCUAAAGAGUGGCUAAGCGGCAUGAACAGAGAUCCUGUUCUGAUGAGUCUCAAAGAGGGGUACAGAAAGGAGUCCAACGCUGUAUUCAAAGCACCAGUGAGGGACAAGAAGAGUUUAGUAGUAAAUGGCAUCGAUCUACUAGAAAAUGUGCCACCUCGGACUGAAAAUGAAUUGCUGCGCAUGUUCUAUCGACAGCAGGACGAGAUCAGACGUCUGAAGGAACAGCUUGCCCAGAGAGACCUCCACAUCCGACAACUGGAACUGGAACUUAGAAACCUGAGGAAUAGUCCCAAGGAAAGUUAGCCACACUCAUCAAUUAUACGAGAAACAGACAACUUCUCCACAUAUAAGAGCUUGGGAAGUUUCUGCAUAUAGAUUAACUAGCCCUACAAUGGCAUGUAAAGGACUGGGUAUCCAACUGCACUAAUUGCACAGAUUAUCCAUUUAUUCAGCAGGGUUUCUGCAUAUAACCAAAUGGAACUAAUUCCUCCAUCUUAGUCGACCACAACCAAUCUAGAUGGAUUACUCCCAAUAACUAUAUUCAACCAAGACACAAUCAAGAACAAGGGGAGCAGGAGCAAUCUGGAGGUCUCAUAAUGUAUUAACUUCUUUCAAUCUUCUCUUACCAGUCUUGGGGCAAGAUUCGAGAAAUAUAUUUAUUUAUGCAACCAAUGACAAUGGAGGGUACCUCCUCCUUAAAGAAGCAGGGGUUUUUACAAGACCGUAAAGCCAUAAAGAUUAUUUCAGAUAUAAGAAAUAAAGCACUAGGGGGCUUCUCCCUCAAUCUUCUACCAUGCUCAUUCUCUCUUAUCCUGUAGUAUUUCCCAUGGAACCACAUCCUUUACUACUCACCUUUCGCACAUUCUCACGCUAGUUAGCCCAUGUUUCUCACCUCCAGCAGAGCACUUUAAAUCCGACGGACCUGACUCUAGCUGGUUGGCCUUUUAUUUAUUGCUAAUCAUCACUUCCUAUGCAAAGUGAAAUAUUAAAAUAAUUAACCUUCUAAAAAGACCGUGGACAUUUAUUUCAAAGAAUGUUCUGUAACUAAUGCUGAGAAUAAAGGUUGA